GUUGCUGGUGCGAGGGACGGAAUAUACGUGCGCUGCCUUUUUCGGAUUUGUGGAUUACCGGUGUCAAGGAUACAUUUGUGGAAUUGUAUCAUCGUUGCACAAAGACCACAGUAUUCGUCAACAGAAGCGCAACAAUAAAAGGUGCACAGACUCCCCGGCCUCCAUUUUGAGCAGUUGCAAGGGGGACACAUAUAAAGAGCUCUGACCUCUGUGGAAUUUGCCUGGUCAAACUCUCCAGAGAGUCCUCCAGCCAUGGGGAACCAGCUGACAGAGAUGGCCCCCAACACUCCCUUCCUGCCCAACUUUCAAUCCCUGCAUGUGGUGGUCAUCGGGCUGGACUGCGCGGGGAAGACCUCCCUGCUCUACAGACUGCAGCUGCGGGAGUUUGUCCACACCAUCCCCACCAAGGGCUUCAACAUGGAGAAGAUCAAGGUGGCGGUGGGCAGCUCACGGGCCACAUCCUUCCAGGUGUGGGACGUGGGAGGGCAGGACAAGCUGCGCCCGCUGUGGAAGUCUUACACGCGCCGGACGGAUGGCAUGGUGUUCGUGGUGGACUCCUCCGAGACGGAGCGGAUGGAGGAGGCCAAGGUGGAGCUCCACAGGAUCACCCGCACCUCCGAGAACCAGGGCGUGCCGGUGCUGGUGCUGGCCAACAAGCAGGACCUGCCCUCGGCCCUGUCGGUGCCGGAGGUGGAGAAGGCCCUGGCGCUGCACGAACUCUGCCCCUCCACCCUGCACCAUGCCCAGGGCUGCAGCGCGCUGGACGGGCAGGGCCUCCAGCCCGGCCUGGAGAAGCUCCACGAGAUGAUCCUCAAGCGCAAGAAGAUGCUCCGACACAGCAAGAAGCGGAGAUGAGGAGACGAGGAGUGGAGGAGAGGAGGAGAGGAGGAGAUGAGCCGCGCAGCUCCAUUCCCGCCGGGAACGGACCGCCGAAGAGACGCUUUUCUGCUGCGGCCCACGUUCCUUUGGAAGGAAGGAUUCCCCAAAAGGACACUUACUGAGGUUGCAGGGGCAGGACUGGGAGAUCUCCAGGCACACAGUUGCCGAGCAGCGGUCCCCUGUCGGCCCGGGAACGUGUGACUGCACGCAAGCUGCAGCGCUGGCAGCAUUGCCCAGGAAAUCUGAAGGAUUCUAUUCCAUGUUGUUUUUUUUACAAACGGCCUAAUUGAAGUUCGUAAUUUGGCAAAGUUGAGGAUUUUUUGCCGAAUUACACAGAAAAUCUGUCCAGGUUUGCUAUAGUGCGGAUGGCACAAGACUGUCCUAUUGUUCUAAGACUGAGGCCACACUUGCUAUGCGAACCACCGUAGUUUAGUCGUUUCCUUAAUUUCUGCGGUCAAAACUUGUCACACUGCAGAGUUAAAGUUGUAGCCAUAAUAAUAGAACCGUUUUUAAAUACAUAAUAAUUGUACAUAAUUCUUUUUUGUAAUGCUUAUAAAUGAAUAAAUUAUUGGCGACUGAUACGA